AUGCCGCCGGAUGGGCUGAGAAGACGUGUCGUGAGCUUCAAGUCGUUGGACAUCUUCCGCAGUCCAGCCAAAGGUAUCUUGCAGGAAGAAACGUGGCUGGGGGUUUCGGCAACAUUGGUCGCAGCGGUUCUUUGCUCCACCCUCCUGGCUUUGCAGUUGUAUGCGUUCCUGGAUAAUCAUGGCUCCUCUCGAUUGGAGAUCGAUUCUGACCAGAGCGAACUCUUGAGAAUAAGCUUCGAUCUUUCGAUCGCAGAUCUGUCCUGCAACUACGCAACUGUUGGAGUUUUCGAUGCUUUUGGGAAUGUCCGCUCCAACCUUACGCGGAAUGUCCACAAGCAGCCCAUCGACCACAAAGGGGCCCAUACAGGCCAAGCAUACAGUGACGAGGAACUCACAGAGCUCGAAUAUGCAGACCGCCCAAAGCUGUCGGCAGAAGAGAAAGCGCAGCUUGAUGCCGAUUGGCUGUCUGCAGGCGAAAGCGAUCGUGGGGAUGUUCAUGAUGCCUUGGAGGCGCACGACUUCGUCUUCGUGCUCUUCUGCAUUCGAAAAGCAGGGACUUGCAAGAUGAUGCUGCCAGCGUGGCAGCGGUGGUCGAAGGAUGUGAACGAAGGACGACUUGCCAUGAACGAUGCCGAUGGCACUCGUGCGGAUGCAUGGGCUUUGCAAGUAAACUGCGGGCAAGAAGGUUUUCCGGAGCUCUGCCAGGAGGAAAAGGUGGCGCGCUUCCCUUUGCUGCGUUUGUACCCACGCAGCGUGGCUGAGCGGGCAAAGGCACCGCAUCGCGACUUGAAGUUUGCAUUUCCAGCCCCCCUCCUAUUGGCGAUGGACAUGUUUGACGGGAUGCCAUUGAUGAUGGACCCCAAGAUGGUACAGCAGUGCUACGAUGCGUUCACGCGCAUCGCCACCGAUGUGGUGAAGGGCCGCCAUCUGCACACGCACGUCACGAAGCACGACAUUUUCAAUGAGGGUUGCCGUGUCAGUGGACAGAUAGACGUCCCUCGUGUUCCCGGCACGAUACACUUUCAUGCAAAGAACGGCGAAGACCAUGUUCUCAACACUGCUUUCACGAAUGUCUCCCACACCGUUCACAGCCUCUCGUUUGGAAGGCCGAUGGAUGCGGAAGGGGAACGCGAGGAGCUGAAGUCACAGCUUCCGGCUGGAUACGAGAUGCAGGGAGAACCUCUCAAUGGCAAGGUUUUCGCGUCAGGUCACUUUCACCAAGGAGCCCACCACUACGUCAAGAUCGUUCACACCCGCCUGGAGAGCAAUGACCAUGCCCGGCUCUAUCUCUACACGCACCAGUGGUAUAUGCAGACCUACCCUCGACAUGAGUCGCCGAAGGUCAAACUCUCGUUUGAUCUGGCACCGGUGGAGGUGGUGAUUUCGCAGCGUCGCCACUGGUACGAUUUCGUUACAACAACGCUGGCGCUUGUGGGCGGUGGGUUCUCAUGUGUGCAAAUGGCUUACUCCGUUUUCGAGGGCUUCUCAGGCAGCAAAAUUGCGCCGAUAGUUUGA